UUCUCCUUCUGACUGCACGGAAACAAAUAAAUAACCGGUUAAAACAGUUGCAUAUACAUUAUUAUUUCGACAAUGAAAUUUACAACACAAAUGCCGAGAUCGUGUGACACCUUUGUCGUUCUGCCCCCACUGACGAAUAAAAAUGUAGUAAUAUUUGGGAAAAAUUCUGACCGACCACAGAACGAAGUCCAAGAAGUCGUGCUGUCAACGGAUCGAACUCGAAAUUCUAAAUUGAAGUGUACAUAUAUAACAAUAGACGAGAGUCCGAAUCCUUUGAAUAGUGUAAUAUUAAGUAAACCGGCAUGGAUGUGGGGUGCUGAAAUGGGUGCUAAUGAUAAAAGUGUAGUUAUUGGCAAUGAAGCAGUGUGGACUAAUAACAAUGAAGGAGACGGUGAUGCCCGACAGAAACGCCUCCUUGGCAUGGACUUAGUUCGAUUAGGUCUCGAAAGGGGAAACACAGCGGAGGAAGCAUUAGAUGUGAUCACGUCACUGCUAGAGAAGUAUGGUCAAGGUGGACCAUGCUCGGAAUAUGACGAUAGCCACUUCUAUCACAAUUCCUUUCUCAUCGCUGACUGCAAAGAAGCAUGGGUGCUAGAGACCAGUGGGAAACUUUGGGCCGCUGAGAAGAUAACCUCUGGGUACAGAAAUAUAUCCAACGGUCUCACGAUAAAGACAAAGAUUGACAAACAUUCAGAAGGAUUACUGGAAAAGGCCGAGUUUAUGGGAGUUUGGAACGGAAAGGGAAAAUUUGAUUUCUGCAAUGCUUUUUCCUCGGGUGGUGACGAGAAACGCCAACAGGAGGGGGAGAGGUUGCUAAAAGAAAGUUCGGCAGCGAAUAACUUUGACGUCAAAGAUAUGUUCAAUGUACUGCGACACAAAGAGAGUGGUAUCUGUCGAGCGUGUGAUGACACAUUUCCAACUCAGGGUAGCCAGGUGUCUUUGCUAUCGUCUGAUAUGAGCGUGCACUGGUUCACAGCCACACCCGACCCAAGCAUCUCCUACUUUAAACCUUUUGUGUUCACGCCCAAUGCCCAAGUAUCAUCUUAUACGCAGAGCCCCAAAGAUCCGAAAAGGGAACAUCAUCUGUACAAACUUCACACUGAAAACGUAGCGAAAUCGAACAACGAUAAAGUAACCGAGCUCCUUCGUGAAAUCGAAAACGGCUGCCUAUCGGAAAUCGCCGAUUUCAUACAGAAAUAUGCAAAAAAUGAGAAAACCGUCAAUGAACUCGACGAUCUGAUGAAGAAAUGCGUGGAAAAUGAAAUACAAAUAAUAACAUCGAGUUAAAUAAGAGGUAAUCUCGAAUUUCAACCUUGACUUAAUUAUCGGCCUACUGUUGCUAGCGUUGAAAAUAAUAAAGUCGACUUAAUUUAAAAUAAACAUCUCGUAGUUCGUAUAUAGCUUUAUAAUGUUGCCACAUUAACGGUAAUUUAUUACAAAUCUCUUUUCGCGAUAUCGUGACUGCAUCGAUCGCGCAACAUAGAUAAUGAUGUCUCAUUUUCUAUCCAAGUUUUCAAAUAUGGUACUGAGUUUGUGAUGGAAAUGACUUUUUUUAAUACAAUUUCAGUGUUUUCCGUUUACGUUAUCCAUGACAAAAGCAUUUCGGUAUUUUAAUCUAAUUUUAAAAGUAACAUCCUUCAUAGAGUUCCAUAUUUGAACUCUGUGCUUUUCUACUAGAGGCUUACAUUAAGUAAUAUUUUAAAGAUCGAAGUAAGAUUUUUUCGCCUUAUCGCAUGCUUUAUAUUAUAAACAAAUAAUAUAUUAAAAUAUAUUUAUUACAUCUAGUUACAAAGCGAUAAAUAUAAAUAUUUUAAUAAUAAUAGAAGUGCCAUGUUUCAGAACUUUAAUAUUUAUAUCGUUAGAUUAGUCAAAUAUAUAUUCAAUCGUGUUUAAGCGAGUUUUUAACUUUUUGUCAAUAUUGUUACUUAAGCUAAAAUUGUGAAGUUUGCUUAUAAUUAAUCAUAAGUGUCGUCAGAGAUAGAAAAUACUUUAAAGACAAAAUUAAACUCCAGCCUCCUCGAUAUUUAGACAACUUUAGUUUUAAAAAGAUAUAUAUUUUUCAAAUAUAAAAAACAAAAUGUCAAAUUAUAUAUAUAUAUAUAUGGCUAUCCUUUUUAACGGAAAAAGAGAUAGCAUGUUUAAUGACAAUAAACUUGUCUAAAUGUCUAGGUAAAAGCUGUUUAAUAAUAUGCGAUGGAGCGUUUUCACUAAAACAGUUGGUAAUUUUUAUGUGCGCCGCCGACAUUAACAAUAACAAUAAUAAUAUACAUUUUCUCAUCUUCGAGUCUUGUAUACACUGGAUUGCCAGUCGUUUAGUGGAAACGCAGCUACAGGCUCAGUUAUCUUAAGGAUAUCUACUUAUCUUUAUCUCAAUUAUACUUAAAUUGUUCACUUAAAUUAUAAAUAAAACAUCGACACUGUGAUAAAGCAGCAGCAUGCUAGUUAUAUUUUUUUUAUUAUUAUAAUAUAAAAGACAAAUUUAAAUAUAAAGACAGGUCUAAGUACGAUAGACGACUAUAUAAAAUGUAUAAGAAAAAACUGAAGUAUUAAAGACAGCUGUCUGAAAAUAAUAUAAAUUCAACUUUUUAAGCAAAUUCAUAAUCAAUUCGAGGUUGUAAUGGAAUUUUAGAAUAUAGUGAAUCAUUGUUAUUUAAAAAGAAUUAUCAGAAUAUAACGCACGAGCUUUGCUUUCAAGAAUCCUCAUUAAUUAAAAACUGACAAGUAUUCCUAGGUAAUUUAUUGUUAUAUGUACGAUUAAGUUAUUUGCACAAAUAACCAUCGUCAAGAUUCGAAUGCAAUAACAAAAUUUUCAAAUUUGUCUCGUUAAUAGUUUUUAUAAGUAAAUUUAAUAGUCUGUUUUUAAAUUCUUAUAUUAUUGUAUAAUUUAAUGUGUGCCUUACAUAAUAAAUUAUAUAAUCUUAGGUCAAUGUCACACGCAGAGGCUAAAGUAUUAUCAGAGUAAGUAAGUACUAAAGUAAGUAAUAAAAAUAAUUAAGCUUAUUUUAGUUAUUAAUUAAAAUUUAGUUUCGGUGCUAUAAUUUAGUUUUUUAUUUUACUAAAGUUAAACAUGAGUUUUCGUUUAAAAAUAUGAUUAAAAACAAAUAAUUUUACGGUUUCAGUAGCAUUUGUAGUCGUCAUUACUAUGUUUAAUAACAAAUAUAGUCGAGUUAUUAUUUUCACCUUCGACUUUUACGUAUUAGUCACGAUUAAUAUUAAUGCAGUCGACAGUCUAAGGUUCUAUUUAAGGCUAAGGAUCAAUACAUGACAAGGCCUGCUAUCCAAGGUUUUGUAGUAUUUUAUGCAGUAGUUAAUAAAUUUUGAUCGAUACUAUAAAGGGAGCUUAAAAUCGAACAAGGAAGCGAUGACACACUUUUCCAAACAAUUAUAAGGCUAUUUUACACAUGGCAGUUAUGUGUGAUGUUGACCUUUAAUGAUUUAUAACAAAUUAUAUAUGUAUUAGAAAAAUCAAUUGUCCGUUAAACUAUACACGCAAUGUAUUAUUUUAUUUUUAAUGUGCAAUAUUGCGUUAUAUUAUCGAAUGUUUUACACUUUUUUUUAAUUCAAUGCUAAUUACAUUUUGUCACA